AUGCUGAUGGAGCUGCGCAUCCUGGCCAUCGACCUCGACAUGGACGGCACGCAUGCGUCGUGGUCGCGCCACGAAGAUGCGCUAUUGUGCGCCGCGCUGCACCUCUUUCCCAGCGGCCCGUACGACGUCCUCGCCGACUGGGUGCCAACGCGCAGCCCUGGCGACAUUCGCGACCGCCUUCGCCACGCUGCUAGCCCUCGCGAGACGUGCUGCGACCUCGCGUGUCUGGUGCCUGCGUCUGCGUGUAGCAGCCUUGACAUGGAGAGUCCCCGAAGCCGCGCCGUGCAUGACUGUGAAGUGUUUGAGAUUUAG